AGGUGGUGCGUCAUUGUGACGCAUGACUAUGUACAUCACCCUGUUCCCGUACACGCUCGCUCUCACGCAUUCCUUACAGGACCCGGAAGAAAGGCGGGUAUACUUCACUAAGCGGACAACUACCUAAAUAAGCUAAAAUGACCACAGUCGAAUAUGAAGACAAUGAAUCCAAGUUCAUCAGGAAAGCAAAAGAGAAUCCAUUUGUCCCUAUAGGGAUGGCUGGAUUCUUUUCCAUUGUGGCAUACAGGCUGUUCAAACUGAAGAGCAGAGGUGAUAUGAAGAUGUCUGUCCACCUAAUUCACAUGCGUGUGGCUGCUCAAGGGUUUGUGGUGGGAGCCAUGACUUUAGGAGUUGUAUACACCAUGUACAGAGACUUUGUUCUGAAACCUGCUGAGGCCCAGAAAGCGUUAGAACUGAAGGCUUUGGAAAAAAAGUGAAGUCCCUGAUAUACCCUCAGUAGCCACCUCAUAUUAAGGUGAAUCUUUCUAUUUAUUGCCCAAAUAAUUUAGGAUUUGUUCUUAAGAACUCUUUAGACGUUUUCUUAUUUAAACAUUAAUAAACCUCUGAGGUUAACAAUGUGUUUGAGGAGGACAACAGUAUAUGUUACUUUUAAAUGUACAUUGUAUGUGAUGGGAAAGUGAAUGUCAUCUAUUACACAUUCUGCACUCAAACUACUGCUCAUUUACCUUAAGGUCCAUUAAAAAACAGAUGGUAUAACAUGGUUGUUGGCUUAUUUUAAACUCAUGUCCUUGUUUCAGUAAAGAGUUGUGGCAUUACACCUUUUAAUUGAACGUUUUUAAGUACAGUAAGGAAAUGGCACACGUCACAUUAAGUGGGGACCUCACUAUUGCUAUAUAAAUAAUGGUACUACAAUAGAUCUUUGCAGAUUUAGUGUACCUGUCAUCAAAAACAGGAUGUUCAUGCCAACUCUUUAACAUUUGUUCCAUUUUGUUUGUGUGAGCAUAGAGUAUUACUUGGUGGUUUGAUUAUGUUCAUGCCAACUCUUUAACAUUUGUUCCAUUUUGUUUGUGGGAGCAUAGAGUAUUACUUGGUGGUUUGAUUUUGAAGUGUAACUAAAUAUUAUAGAUAUGCUUUCAUAUUUUAAAAAAAAUACAAAAUGUUAUUUUAAGAAUGAAUAUAUAUUAAGCAUAUGACCUACCACUGUUUUUAUAUUUGUUAAUAAAAACAAUGUAAAUCAAAUAAAGCUAAAUUCUGUUUAUU